AUGAACCAUUCACUUUCCCAUCAGCCCCGGCAUUCAAGCGACAUCCUUGAUCCGAGUCCGAAGCCCACGGCAGCCCCAGAUCUUGCAGCCGGGAUCACUGCGUUUCACGGUUUGUUAGAAAGUCAGCAUGAGAGCAGCAAUCACUGCCACUCACAUGCGACAAGCCAUGGUCGUGCGUUACAGACGAAGGCAUCGUUGCCUGCCACUCUUACCCCUGGACGGUUCUGCAUUCUCUCUUCGGCCCAGUAUCCGGCAUGCCUGACAUAUCUGUGGACGGAACCGCCUCCAAGAUCACGGCUGGCUUGCGGAAAGACCAGCACGAUCAUUUACAUGAACGACCGUCCCCAGUUUGUCAUCGACGCGGAGCGCACAAGCUUGUCGUCCUCGCCAAAAAGCGCCACUGCCUCCGCGACAUCAAUCAGCGGUAGUUUCCCCACCGCUUUGGAUCCAACCGGCAACGGACCGGCCAACAGAGACACGGGAAACCUUGCCGGAGUCAUAGUCGGGGCAGCCAUCGGUGGUCUGCUCAUAAUCGCCAUCCUGAUCGCCGUCAUAGUCUGGUUGUGUCUACGAAGCAGGCGGCCCCAACACAGCACUACAAGAGACCGGAUGGAUGAUGAAACCGCUCGCGGAUACAAUUUGCAGGUGCUGUCAACACCAGGAUUAAGCAGAAUCUCGACACUGGUUUCUGCUGCACCGGCACCGGCACAGGCUGCAAGUGGAGGAUUACCUGGAGCGCCCACGGAGGCAGCUCACUAUGCUCAUCCGCCCGGCACAGCUUUAUAG